AUGGAAGCCAUGAUACAUAAGCAAAAAACAACUAAAUGGGAAACCGAGUUCAAUUCAGCUUUUGACAAGCUAUGCGUUGCCUUUUGGGCCGAUAUUAAGUCACGACAGAGGCAGCAAACACUUACUUUACCUUCCACUACUGGAAACUCCAGCAGAGCCCCUCCACACAGCUCACCUUCUGGGUCAAGAGCCAAGAUGGCCGCAAGGCCCAUCAGCCAUCCACAACUCUAUGGGACUGCCACAGGAGCCCUGCAGGACUAUAGUCCUACUGCUGAAGAUGGAGGGCUAGGUGGUGUACAGGCGCUGGCUUACACACCGGCUAGAAGAGUGGAAGGGUGGGAGUACCGCUGUGCCGAUGCUAUUGUAGGAGAUUUCUGUGAGUUAUCCAGAGGCUGUGAAGGAACCAUCCAGCAUUUCCUGCUUGACAGCGGAGUCGGAACACAGCUGGACCGGGAUUAUGGUAAAGGCUGAACAGAGACUUGUCCCAGCAGCUUCACCGUAUUCACACUGCUAG